CAAGAAAUGACAGCAGAAGGUGACUUUGGACCACAUUAGCCUGAGAAUAAUUUUACCCCAGCAAGGAUGCCAGGUGACCCCGAGUGGGAGGACCGAAGCUAGUCUGCCAAGAUGGGUGAAAUAGAGCAGAUGAAGCAGGAGACUGAGCAGCUGAAGAAGCAGAUUGAGGAAGCUCGAAAAGCUUGUGCUGAUACGACACUUGCUCAGCUUUGUUCCGGGGUUGAGGUGGUUGGGCGCAUACAAAUGCGUACACGGCGGACCCUGCGUGGGCACCUGGCCAAGAUCUAUGCUUGUCACUGGUCCACAGAUUCCAAGCUCAUGGUCAGUGCUUCACAAGAUGGGAAGCUCAUUGUGUGGGACACGUACACAACCAACAAGGUUCAUGCCAUCCCUCUCCGCUCCUCCUGGGUCAUGACCUGUUCCUAUGCCCCAUCAGGGAAUUUUGUGGCCUGCGGAGGUCUUGACAACAUGUGCUCCAUCUACAACCUCAAGAGUCGCGAAGGGACCGUGAAAGUGAGCCGGGAGCUGUCAGCCCAUACAGGCUAUCUCUCCUGCUGUCGAUUCCUGGACGACAAUGACAUUGUGACCAGUUCUGGGGACACCACAUGCGUCCUCUGGGAUAUUGAAACAGGGCAGCCGAAGACCACUUUCGUGGGUCACACUGGAGACUGCAUGAGCCUGGCUGUCUCCCCAGACUUCAAGCUUUUCAUCUCUGGAGCCUGCGACGCCACUGCCAAGCUAUGGGACGUCCGGGAGGGAACUUGCCGUCAGACGUUCCAAGGACAUGAGUCGGAUAUCAACGCCAUCUCCUUCUUCCCCAGCGGCGAAGCCAUCUGCACUGGUUCUGAUGAUGCCACCUGCCGCCUCUUUGACCUCCGGGCAGAUCAGGAGCUCAUUGUCUACUCUCACGAGAGCAUCAUCUGCGGAAUUACCUCAGUCGCAUUCUCCCGCAGUGGGCGCCUCCUCCUGGCUGGAUACGAUGAUUUUAACUGCAACAUCUGGGAUACUCUAAAAGCAGAGCGUGUGGGAAUCCUGUCUGGUCAUGACAACAGGGUGAGCUGUUUGGGGGUCACCGCAGACGGCAUGGCUGUAUCUACUGGCUCCUGGGACAGCUUCCUGAAAAUCUGGAACUGAAGAUGAAACCCACCUGUGGGGGGAGGGAGACUGUGGGGAGCCCCCUCCCCCAGGCAUAUCAUUUAUUAUGACUACUGGCAUUUCUGCUUGUUCUGUGCAGACUUAUUGAUCCACGUGACACUUCCCUAUCUAAAGGAGAAGCUCAGGGAAAGGGCCCACACAGGCCAAUUCCCCCAACGCCCUUUCUUGCCCUUCCCCAGGCUCAGGGGUUCUUACUGCGAUGGCUUCAGGGAUACCCCUCAGUGAGAGGCUACCAACAACCCACUCUGCCAGCUUUUUUCCCUUGAAGCCACAGAACACCCUAAUGGGAUCCCAAUAGCUUUCCAAGGCCCAUGGAUCAGAGGCCCUCAGGUAGUACCUAAGGCAUCCCCUUGGGGGAUAGCCCCAAUUUUUAAUUUAUUUUCCAUUUUCAUCUCACCUCUCCACCCACCAGGCCCUUAGCCACCCCCUAACCAUAGUUUUACACUACACUGCAAAUCUGGGAUACACCUCCUUGAGAAGUUUAUCACACCAAGGAUUCUGCGUUGAUCUUUAUUCACUUUUCUCUCAAAUAAGGAAGGGAAAGUAAGUUAGCUCUCGCUGCUUUAAUCUAUGCAUUGUAUGGGGGAGAGUUUGCUGCGCCCGUCUUGGGCACCAGAGCCAGGAAAUGUUUAAUGUAACCCUGUUUGCUGUUUUCCUGUAGCCACCCCUUCCCCACAAUUCCUUUCCCAUUAUGUACUGCAUCCCCUUCCCACUCCAUCAUCCUUCAGGCGCCCCUUAGCCACUGCUUUGAGAUGUAACUGUAUCAUACAGGGGUUUUAUAGCCCAAGCAAAA